AUGAACAACUCGAUCGGCUUUGACGACCGUAUCUUCAACUUCUUCAUCAACCUCGCCAAGGAGAUUGUGAAGCAGCGAAAGGCGGACAAGAGCGGUGGCAAAGCGGCCACCAAGCGAAACGACCUGGUGCAGCUGCUGAUGGACGCCUACGUCUACGAAAGCGACCUGAAGGACAACAACUACGAGAAGCUGACCGCCUCGGCUGAUCAUGACGAAGUUGAGGCAAAGGAAACCAUCACGGUCAAUGGCAACGGACAAGCGCCAAACAACUCGGUGAAGAGGACGUUGGAUGAAAAGGAGAUCAUCGCCCAAUGCCUGAUCUUCUUCAUCGCCGGUUUCGAGACGACGGCCACCACACUGAGCAUGGCCGCCUACUUUUUGGCGUUGAACCCCGAAGUACAGGAGCGUCUCUACGACGAGCUCACCGAGGCGCUGGACGGCCUGGAGGUCAACUCGGCGGAGUACUUUGAGAAGGUGAACAGCAAUCAGAUUCCCUACUUGGAUGCGGUCAUCAAGGAGACGCUGCGCCGCAACCCGCCGGUGGCUCGGCUGCAACGCCGCGUCGGUGUGGACAACUACAAACUGGCCGGCAUUCCGCUGGAGAAGGACAUUGAGGUGCAGAUUCCCACCUUCGGCAUCCACCACAACAGCAAAUUUUGGCCCGAUCCGGAUCGUUUCGACCCGGAGCGCUUCAUGCCCGAGAACAAGGACUCCAUCAUCCCCUACACCUACCUUCCAUUUGGCGCUGGUCCUCGAAACUGUAUUGGCAUGCGCUUCGCCUACCAGGAGAUGAAGCUCUGUCUGGCUCAGAUUGCACGAAAGUUCCGCUUUGAGCGAACUGCAAAGACUCAGGUGCCGUUGAAAAUUGACUCACUGGCGCUGAUCAGCAGCAAGGACAUUCAGCUGAGAGUCCUCGAAACUGUAUUGGCAUGCGCUUCGCCUACCAGGAGAUGA